ACGUACAUCGUCCUAGUGUUCUUUCUCGAGGUUGAAAAAAUACAAACACACACAAAUAUAAUGUGUGCUUAAAGCAAAAGGGGAACCAGAAAGAAAGAAGACAAAUUAAAAUGGCUAUAAAUAUAAAAAAGUACAUUGUUUUCUGAUGGAAGAAUUUUUUCGCAUUCAUUUUGUUUUGCAGAGGCGAAGCGGGGAUUAAAUAGAUCUCGUGCCUGGUGUUUUUUAUAUGUGUAUAUACACACACAAGGUACAAUAUAUAUUUAAAUAUGGGAAGGAUGUUUUAGAAAGAGGGAGUUCGAGUGUGGAUUCCAUAAGGAGGCCGGCGGCCGGCGGCGGGCGGCGGAGCGGCAGCGAGCAUGGAAUAAAACUGAAGGACAACAUUUUUAUCGGAUCGGAAGGGAGAAUUGAUACAAAAAGGUUCGAUUUUGGAACGUCGCAGGCGCCGGGAUCCUAAUUUCGGAACGUCGAGUUGUCAGUCCCGGAGCAGAAGUCUGAACCUUCCAAAGGUGGAGAAGAAAUUUACACGCCGGCUCAGAAAAUCGUUGGAGGUUUUUUUUUUGCCCUCGUUGUUUUAUUUUUUUUCGUUUUUCAUGCUGAAUGUUUUGAGUAAAAUAGCGCCGCUCGGUGAAGAUGGGGGACGCUUAUGACCCAGAGCACCCGACCGAAUGCUGCCUGACCUGCUGAGUUCCUCCAGCAUUUUGUGUGUGUUACUCUGGAUUUCCAGCAUCUGCAGAAUCUCUUGUGUUUAUGAUCCCACGACAGCAGUUCAGCAAUCCUGCACUUCUGCCACAUCCAGCCAUGAAUGCCAGUGGAGCGGUAUAACAGUUAAUGGAAGGAGGAGGAUCCUUCAGCAUUCUCGCCUCAAAGAUGGUGGAGUCUUACACUUGACUGUAAAAGACAGUGUUGAAAUUUUUGCAGCUGUGGUCCCCCAGAAAUGCUGAGUGGCUGAUCAUCUACUGACAUCCCCACCAUCGUCAAAGCCACUCGUGGUGUAUAAUAUCAAGAAAUAGCCCAAACGUUUAAGCUUCAGCAACCUGGCUGUACUUAUAAAGACAUUCUGGCACACUAUCUGCGUGUUGGCUGUAACAGCUUAUUACCCAGAAAUGUGAAAAUUGGCCAUAUGUGACCUGUCCAUAGAAAGCAAGACAAGUCCAAGCUGUGGAGUUACUAUACAACUGCUCUUCUCUGAAUUACCAGCAUUAUGAUGGGAGAUGUCAAUGUUAGUGCUCUUAAAUUGUUCCUAAACCCGUAACUCGUUCACCAAACCUCUCUUUGGUCUCCACCUGGACCACUUGCCUCCAAGCCGCAAUGCAAUCUUUAUCCAAAGAUGGACAGACAGCAGGGCUGAAAUUCGAAGGGCUCCUGCCUCUCCUCGCCCUCCAUCACCGACAAGGGAAGGAUGGACCGAACUGCAUAUGUCACCUGGACUAUCGAUGCCUCCCCAAGUUCAGUCCACUGGAGACAUGCUUACGAUGGGAGAAGACGAGAAUGCAGUCAAAGCAGUGUUGAAUUUUCCCAAGGGUCAAGCAUCGAAAGGCUGCAGUCGCUUUCUACCAAAGGGCACCAAGGCAAAGGUCAAUCUUGAGGACCAAGGACGUCAGAAGGUGUCUUUUACCUUCAAUGUAACAAAGACCUUACGGAAUAGGUUCCAAAGUGCCAUUGGGUCUGAGCUAGACGAGGUCAAAACUCUGCCAACAGCAUUGCCGCUGAUUUCUGUGAAAGGGAACCAGGAGAAUAAAAGUGAUUCGGAAACAGCUGAUGCUCCGGAGGCAGCAAAGUCGUCACCACCGAAAUCAAAGGUCGAGUGGAGCAAAGUGCAUUUCAAGAAGAAGCAACUGAAUGAUGCAGCCAAACCUCUAAGUUUGUCAGACAGGGAACAGUGUAGUUCAUCAGUGGAGGAACCUGUGGACGCUGCCGUCAAGAAACUUUCUGCAGGAGGAACUGAAACUGUGAUAAAGGUGACUGUUGAAACUAAACCAACAAAUCUGAAUCUUGGUACAUCCCAUGUUGGGAAAGAUGAUAACAUAGAAGAAUUCAAGAAUGUCUCUUUGUCUUCUGAAAAUGAUGAGCUUAGGAAACUUGCUCGGACAGAAGAUUUUGUGCAAGCACUAUCUGCUGACUCUGAGUCUGAGAUUGACUUAGUAAGGAAAUCUCCUAGUUUGAAGUCGCAUGACACCAAGAAUGCUGAAUCCAGUCGGGAAGUUAAGAAAUAUCCAACAGCUUCCAGAACUGAUGAGGUGGAAAAGGUUUCUUCCCAUUCCAAAUCUGAACGAGAUAGAAGGGGCAGUGGCCGUUCAAAAUCUGAUCGCGAUGCAAGGAAGACUUCAUCUCACUCAAAGUAUGGAAGGGAAGAAAGACUCAGUUCAUCUCGAUCUCGCUCUGAUAGAGAUUCAAGGGCACCUUCUUCAUACUCAAAGUCAGACUGGUCAAGGAGCUCUUAUUAUUCUGAUAAAGACAGAUAUCGUAGAGGUUCUCCUUACUCAGAAAGGAGCAAAUCUUCCCGUAGCAAAUUGUGUGCUGAUUUAAGAGAUGCUUCCUCUUGUUCUGAUUCUGAAGAAGAUUCUAGAAGAUAUCAUCCUAGGUCAAAUGACGUAAGAAGGACUUCAUUACAUUCUAAAUCCUAUAGAGAUUCAAGAAAAUACCAGUCACGGUCAGAUAGAGAUCUGAGAGCAACUUCCUCCUGCUCUGAAUCAGAAAGAGAAAUUAAAAGGACUAAAUCUCAUUCUAAAACAGAUAAAAUAUCCAGGAUACCAGCAUCUUGUUUUGAAUCAGAAAGUUCUAAAGCUAAUUCCUCCGAAGUAGGACUAGAUUCUAGAAAAUUGUCCAAAUCUGACUGUCAUUCAAAAAUAUGUCAUUCAAAGUCAUCAACUUCCUGUCAUAAACCUGAGGCAGCCAGAAUUAAUGUAUCUGAUCUGGAAUUAGACUACGGGAAAAUCUCCAAAUCUGAUAGUCAUUUGAGGAUGGUUUCAUCUCAUUCCAAAUCUGUAAUCUCUUGCCAUGAAGUUUUAUUAAAGAAGAACUCCCCAGGACCAGAAAUUGACUUGAGAAAAUGCUCUAAGCUGGACAGUAACUCAAAGACAAUUCCAUCUCAUUCUAAGACACUUGUUUAUUGUGAAAUAGAAGGAGCUCAGGGUGAUUCUUCAGAGUUAGAACCUGAUUCUAGGAGAAAUCUCAAACCAGAUAUUAAUUCACAGAUAUCUCCACAGAACUCCAAAUCAACUAAUUGUCAUCAAACAAAGGCUGUUAGAAUGGACUCCUCUGAACCAGAAUUGGAUUCAUGGACUAAUAGUACAUCAGACAAGAAUGUAAUAGUGACACGAUCUCGUACUAAAGCGAAAACCUUUUGUGGUGUAGAAGUAGUUAAAAUGGAUCCUGCAGGAGUAGAACUAGAUUCGCAGACUAACAGUGGGUCAGAUAAGCACUCAAUAGUAGCCCCAUCUCACUCUAACUCAUAUGCUUGCUUAAGUAAAGUGGAAUCUUCUGAACCAGAAACAGAAGUAGACCUUUGGGAAAAUAGUAGAGUAGACCGCAAGUCAAGAAUAAAUGUUUCGAGUUCCAGGUUCCAAAAGAUAAGGAGUUUGCCAGUUUUUUCACCUGAUAGAGAAUUGAGAAGGAUUUCAUCCUCUGAGUCAGAAGAUGAAAUGAGAGAGGUUCCUGAACUACACAAUUCAGGGACAAAACAAAAUGUUUUUAGAUCAGAUGAUAUUUAUUCCUCCCUUGAUCACCAAUCAGACAGUUGUGUAAGCACCUCACCGUAUCCCACAUCAGAUUUAUCAAGGACAUGUUGUCUCUCCAGGCCCUCUGAAAUAGCUGGCUCAUCACAUAGUUCCAAGUUAGAUGGACUUUUGGCAAAAGUUUCAUCUUGUUCAGAAUCGGAUGAAGAACAUAGAGCUUCAUCUCAGUGUGAGGCUAAUUUGAUGGUUUCAUCUCAUGACUUACCAAUUGACUUGCAGUCCCCACCUCAUUUCAUAGUGAAUACCAUGCAAGCUUCACCUUAUCCCAGCCCAGAUGAGGUCAAGUACUUGGCCUACCAAAAAGUGGAGGAAUACAACACUUCACACUACACCAAGAGAGAACACAUUUUGGCCUAUCCCAAAAUGGAUGAGUUCACAGCUGUGUCUCGCUCAAAUUUGGAUGAAACAGUGACCAUUUCAGCAGACCCUGAAAGUUGCAUGAGAGAUGUAAAGCUCACAGGCAAAGAGUCAACAGAAAAUAGGGCUGUAGAUAGUCAGAAGGAACAACAUGCCAAUGAAGGAAAUAGGUCUGAACUGAAGAAUAAUAAACUGUUUCACAAUGCAAAUAGCUUUAGCAGUUACAGCAUUAAACAGAAUGCAACACCUAGCAACCAAAGUUGGGAUUCAGUUGAUAAAGUUAGAUUGUACGUGGAUUUGCCAAGUCACAUUGAUUCAGAAGCUAAGGAGUCUGGAGCAGUGAAGACUGAAACACCAUCUUCAAAUAAUGAAGAAACCUCUUUCAUUGCCAGACCCGAUAGUUCUGUUAAAGUGGAGCCAGAGCAGAGAAUGGAAAUUUCCGAAGAUGAAGGAACUGAUGAAGAGUUAACAAUGGAGGUCGUCACGGAAGGUCCACUGCAUUUGAGCUCUGCCAACCUGACAAGCACAAAUGAAGUGGCACACAAUUCACUGACUUAUAGAACUAAGUCUGACUGUGACAGUAGCUGUAUGAAGGUCGAAUACAACAGCGUGAGCUCUGAAAAUGGAGAUUGUUCUGAGGAUGCUAAGAGCAGCAGUGAACAAGAGAGUGAAGAAAGUGAAACCAGCUCAGAUUCUGAUGAUGGUAGUGUCCCAAAGAACCGUUUGCAGUCUGUAGUGAUAGUGCCAAAGAAUUCUACCCUGACUUUGGAGGAGAAGAGUCCAAUGUCAUCUCCUUCAUCUUCCAUAUCAUCUUCUAGAAUAAGUCAGCAAGAAAAGAAGCAUUCAGCUGUUGAAGGCAGCAAGCGAGAAACAGAUGAGAAACCCAGUGCGGUGCAUCAGCCAAAUGGUGUGGAGCUUGGAAAUAUCCCCCGGGAGAUGGUUGGUGACCCUGUUGAGGGCACUGACACAGUUCAGGGUACCCACUCUUUAUUCCAAGAAGUAUUAGAGGACCAACCACAAGCUUCUUCAAGUCAGCUUUCGCCUGUUAGUGAGAGUCACAAGAGCUACAAGCAGCAGUUGUUGACCGACAAGGCGGAUAGCACCAGUCAGCCUGAGAGGUUUUCAAUUGACCAAAAUCAGCUCCCUCUGUCAAAUGAAAAAUCUGGCUCAGUGGAAUCACCAGGUUCAGAAGGAAUAGCAGAAAGGUACCAGCACUCACCUAGUAGUCACUUGGACAGUCUAACAGCCCAACAAAACAGUGCUCAGACACUUCAUGGGGAAGAUAAAAGCUUUGGAGAAAAGCCAGAUAGUAGACAGGCUGUCUCUUGGCCUCAGCAGCUGACCCAAGAUCAAGGAUCUUUUCAUAGCCCAGAAUAUUUGGAAAGCCUUGACUGGGAUUUCUCUCAGCCAGAAAAACCUAGUAGCAGUUGUCAGCAACCAGAUAGCAGCUAUGGAUUAUACAGGAAGUAUUGCUAUCAAACAGAGGAAGCAGAGUUAGGCAAAACGGGUGAUCACUGGCAAGAUAAAAGAGCCAGUUGGGAUCCCAAACUAAAUGCUAAAUCAGUCAUGUGCAAUAACUAUCAGUUGUGUCAAGAUAUUUCUGGCUCGGAUGUUCAAGGACAGGUACAACCCGAUUCAAUGACCGAUGACUUUGCAAGCUAUGACAACUGGGAAACAGUCAACCGUGACCCACGAUCUGUUCCCAAAGGUGUGAGCUCUCUGCAGGCUCACGAAAUAACCAGUAACUCUACUAAGGGGACCACUCUGGUACUCAAGGCCAGCGACUCUACAGCAGAUAAAGAGUCAAGGGUCAGAGAAUUAGAAAAGAAGUUGGACGAUGAACAAGGAUACUCCCAGAAGCCACAGGUGGAGGAGGUGGACACUGAUUUGGAAAGUGAUGCCGACACACGGUAUUGUGAGCAAGUCCGUAUUGAGCCUGAUCCAUUGGUCACAGUGCCAUCCAAAGAAUGGGUCAGUGUUGUGUGUAAAAUGGAGGAAUUCAAAAACUCUCAGUGGUGGAAGGAGCAAUCAAAAUUAGGAAUGAUGCCACCUUACUUUGAGUUAAUUGAAGAAAACUUGUACCUGACAGAAAGGAAGAAAAGCAAGUCUCACCGAGAUAUUAAGCGUAUGCAAUGUGAAUGCGUGCUGUCAAGGGAGGAUCGAGAAAGAGGAGAGCUGGCAUGUGGUGAAGAUUGCCUCAAUCGGUUACUCAUGAUAGAAUGUUCGUCAAGGUGCUUGCACGGAGAGUAUUGUACAAACCGGAGGUUUCAGAGACGGCAGUAUGCUGAUGUAGAAGUCAUCCUGACUGAGAGAAAAGGUUGGGGCCUCCGGACAGAUAAAGAAUUGUCAGUGAAUAGCUUUGUUCUGGAGUACUGUGGGGAAGUGCUGGACCACAAGGAAUUCAAAACCCGAGUUAAGGAGUAUGCCCGCAAUAAGAACAUCCAUUACUAUUUCAUGGCACUGAAAAACGAUGAGAUCAUUGAUGCAACCCUGAAAGGAAAUUGUUCUCGUUUCAUGAACCACAGCUGUGAACCCAAUUGUGAAACCCAGAAGUGGACAGUGAAUGGGCAACUUCGAGUUGGAUUUUUCACAACCAAGACAGUUCCAGCUGGAACAGAGCUAACCUUUGAUUACCAGUUUCAGCGAUAUGGGAAGGAAGCUCAAAAAUGUUUUUGUGGAUCAGCAAACUGUCGUGGUUACUUGGGCGGUGAAAACCGGGUCAGCAUUCGGGCAGCUGGAGGGAAGGUUAAGCUAAAGGACAAGGACCGAUCUCGAAAGAAAGACUCCGUGGACGAAGAACUAGAGGCCUUCCUGGAAAAUGGUGAUGGCCUGUGUGAUUCAGACCAAGUGCUCAGUUUAACCCGGUUGAUGGUCCGCAUAGAGACCAUGGAGCAGAAGUUGACUUGCCUCAAGAUCAUACAGAACACGCAUUCGCAGAGUUGCCUGAAGUCCUUUCUGGAGUAUCAUGGAUUGUCUCUGCUGUGGAUCUGGAUGACAGAGCUUGGUGAUAGCCGAGGGAAUUCCAGCAAUAAUAUUAAGCUUCAAACUGAAAUCAUGAAGACUCUAGAGCUGUUACCAAUUCCCACAAAGAACAUGCUCGAGGAAAGUAAGCUCCUGCCCAUCAUUCAGCGUUGGGCCCAGUCAAAGGCAUCUGUUCCCCAGGUCAGUGAGGCAGAUGGUUAUUCAAGUGAGAACACCUCCCGUGCACAAACACCACUGAAUACCCAGGAUCCUGGGCUGAAGCAGAGUGGUGAAGCUGAUGGUGACACUCCAAAAAAGCUGGUGAUGCGGAGGCUGAAGAUCAUGAGCGAGAACAGCAUGGACAGUGGGUUGUCGGACACAAGCAAAGCCUCUGAUGGAGAGAUUGAGCUCAAAGAGGCAAAGGAUGAGGUGGUCACAACAGUCGAGCCAUCGCCAUGUCUUCCUGCAGAUGAGGAGGAGAUACAGAGUGAGGUGCCAGGGGACGAGGCAGAGCCCCAAGAUUCCCAGGAUUCUGCAUUGAAAGCAGCCAACGGAACAAAGCUGGAUGAUGGAGCCUUGGUGGAGACUCCAUCACAGGAUGAAGAGGAAGGUGUGUCAGAUGUAGAGAGUGAACGGAGCCAGGAACAGUCCUGCAAAAUUGAAGAUGUAAGCGAACUGGCAAUGAAGUUACUCGAUGUCUGGAAAGACCUGAAGGAGGUGUAUAGAAUUCCCAAGAAGGACCGAACACAAACAGAACGAGAAAGUAUUGAGCGUGGCAGGGAGGGGACAUCACAAAAAGAUGCCCCUCAGGUUCCAAAAACACCAGUGAACCUGGGCAAAGAGAAAGAUGUGGACAAAUCUCUCAGCAAAGAUCGGAAGAAACGCAGGCCAACGACCUCCCCUCCACCCUCUGCCUAUGAGAGAGAAGGACUGAAGCGAUCCGUUCCAGAUGAAAGGUAUGAUGGUGCGACACCAGCUAAGAAGAAGAAAACUAGGAGUAAACUUUCCACUGAAGAACGAAGGAAACUCUUUGAGCAAGAGGUGGCUCAGCGGGAAGCCCAGAAACAGAACCUUUUCCUGGUACAGCAACAGCAGCAGAUACAGCCGAUUUGUGUCAGCUCGCAGGUGCCUUAUGACAGUGGAACCUAUACCACCUCUCACCAGAACUUUGCCACGUACCCUCCAGGCUAUCCUCUGCAGACUUACGUUGACCCAGUCAACCCCAACGCUGGCAAAGUACUCCUCCCAACACCGAAUGUAGAGCCCAUGUGCCCGCCACAGAUGAGCUAUGAGCAUCCACAGCCAAUACUAGGAGAAUCCAUGCCAACGGGACACCCUGCGGUCCAGCAUCUGUCUCCCCAAGUAGAUGUCCAGGGCCAGCAGUAUCUGGCUCAGACUCCCAAUGUUAUUUCCCAGGAUCCAAGUGUGGCGGUGAUACAGGUGUCAGGCACUCAAGCAACGGGGCAGAACUACGGGGUGUGGGAUCCCAAUCAGCAGACUCUAGCAGUUCACCAGCAGUACGCCAGUGGACAAUCACAAACACCAAUUUAUUAUCAAGGACAGCAAUGCCAGACCGUCUACAGCAUCUCCUCUCCCUAUGGACAAGCUACGCCGCAAAUUGUCCAGAGUUACACUCAGUCAAGUCCUGAAUGCGCACAGGGGCAGCAGUGUUUCCUGACUCAUCCACAGAGCUCUGGCACACAGCCAGCGACAGGAAUGCUCGUGACAUCAUCAGCCCCAUCUUACCAGCAGCCUGGGCAGCCACAGACUGUGCAGCAGCAGGAGUUGAUAAUCGUCAACAACCUUCUCGAUUUGCCACCACCUUCACCCCCAAAGCCAAAGACCAUUGUGCUCCCUACCAACUGGAAGACAGCCCGGGAUCCUGAGGGAAAGAUUUACUAUUACCACGUAAUAACCAGGCAAACACAGUGGGACCCACCGUUAUGGGAUGGAGGCAGUGAUGAAAUGAACAUGGGUCAUGAAGCCGAAAUGGAUCUGGGGACGCCCACGUAUGAUGAACAUCCUGCCAAGGAUCCAAUGCUCACUGAUCGACAUGGACCAGAUGGAAGUGGAGAUGGGACGCCCAACUCUUACAGCCAGUCUAUCAAGAAAAAGCCUAAGACCGCAGAGGCUGACACUUCAAGUGAGCUUGCCAAGAGGAGUAAAGAGAUGUUCAGGAAGGAGAUCUCCCAGUUCAUUGUUCUGUGCCUGAAUCCUUACCGGAAACCUGACUGUAAAAUAGGAAGAAUCGUAGCAACAGAGGACUUCAAACAUCUGGCUCGUAAGUUGACUCAUGGUGUCAUGAACAAGGAGCUGAAACAAUGCAAGAAUCCUGAGGAUCUGGAGUGCAAUGAAAAUGUGAAGCAUAAAACCAAGGAAUACAUCAAGAAGUACAUGCAGAAAUUUGGCGCAGUUUACAAGCCUAAAGAAGAACCAGACGUUGACUGAAUAAUAAAUCCCGCCGUUUCCCCCUUCCCACAGGCCUGUCCUGCCCUUGAGCAAAAACUAUGUGGAUCUAUACUAGCUUCUCAAUCUCCUCAUAACUAUCUGUAUUAUACUGUUUUAAUGCAUAUGUGAAUAUAUUGAGAAAGCAAUGAAACCACUUCUAGUUAACUUUACCCCAUUCACUUUGAUAAGUACAUUUUUGAGGGGGAUAGGUUGUGGGGAUGUGGUGGAUUCAUUAUUCUUCUUUUACUAUGUAAAUACUAUAAUAUUGGUUAGAUAUCAACUCAGUCUGACUGUAUAUCAUCGACAGUCAGCAAAAAAAACUCAUACUUUAAAAAGAAUCAUUUUACUGUAUUAAAUUUUUACGGACUUUUUUAUGUAAAGAAAAUGUUUAAAAAAUACUUUUUGCUUACAAUUUAAUGUCUGCAAAAAGAAUUGUGACAAUAAGUGUUUUGGAAAAAAGUUUUAAAACUGUUUUUGUUUUUUUAAAAAAAACUUGUGCAAAAUGAUCUGUGACUAGUACUGACUUAAAGGUUGCUGUUUUUUUUCGUUUGGAUAGCAGACGGUGGUGUUAAUUCACUAAGUAAAGAAAAACUUUAGUGUCUGGUUAAACAAAAUGAAUUUUAAUUGGGAUCACCCUUUCUCUUCGCAUCCACUUUCAAAAACUGCAGUGAAAAUCCAGGCCAGGAAAGUUGAGGCUCCCCCUUCCCACCCCUCUCCCCCACCCUACCUCUGGUUUGGAGUUGGCGAGGAGCUCGUUGGUGUUAACAACUAUAUGUUUGAGUGGAAUUAAGAAAUGACAAACGCUUGAGCAGGCUUCUGGCUCUCAGUGACCAUCUUGUGCACCCACCUUCCUUUCCCCUCCCAUCUCCCAUCUUCAGCCAGAAAGAGAUUGUGUGAGAACAGGAUUAUUGCCCUUCAUCAUGCCACCCUACAAUUAAAUAGGCUGUCGGCACUGACAAUCCAGCUUCGCACAUGUGAAUGGUCUCUCGAGGCAGCACCCAAGCAGCCAUAUUGGGAUGCAAGGAACCUUCUGUAAGUCGGAAUGAUUUUUGGAAGGGUGGUAGAAACAAGCAAGAAGGUGCCAUCAAAUUUUAUUUUAAGAAGGCACAAUUUACCUGGCUUGCUCCCAAAAUAUGUGCGUGAUCAUUGUUUUGAGCACUACAGUUAGUGUUGGCAUAACUAAAUUAGCCUUUUUUAUUCCCCCUCCCCUACCGCAACCAACCUCAGAGGUUACUACUUCCAGAUUCAGUGGGCUGAGCUUUGAACUCUUGUGGGAGCCGUAACAGAUUUGUUGCUCAUUCAUAGCCUUCGCUGUCCCAAUUGACAGUAAUGGAUUUAUAAUGAGCAGCUGAGCCUUAGUACCCAUCACUGUUUCCCUCACUGCAACAGUUUUAAUUUCAGUCCAACAUCCAUUAGCCUCAACCAUAUGUAGCGUGAGCCAAUAUGCUAUUUAAAAAAAAUGUUUGAUUUACCUAGGAUUUUUAAUUAUUAAUUAAAUUAAAAACCCUGACUGAGGAAUGGUGAGGGUAGCAGAAUAGAUACAUGAAUUAUCUAGUAGCUGGUAGUAAAAGUUUGAAGAAAAUCUCCAGUUUGAAAAUCAAUUUGAUUCUGUACUAUAGACAACGAUUUUUUAAAUAGAACAACAGUUCCCCAGUUAUUUCUGAAAUGGUUAAGCAGCUAGAGAAAACAGUCUUGCAAGGAGACAUGCUGACACCCAAGAAGGACUGCUGCUAGAUGUUCUUUCUCACUCUCUGACUUUCUGGAAAAUGGUUUCAGUGGGUGCUCUCUGCUAAAGUGGCUUGUGCGUUUGUAAUUUUUACAAUUUGCAGAGAUUUCACUUGGUGCUAGGAGCUGGAAAUUUGCAGGGAUGAAUGUCGUGUAUUUUUAAAAGUAAAAAAAAUAUACAUUGUUUGAAA